AGGGAGUAAGAAGAAGAAGAGCGACGGCAGCUUCAGUCAUAUUAACCAUCAUGAAUCAUAAUACUGAUCAGAAUGACAAUAACCCCAUACUACACUUUAUUAUACCUAUACAUGGUAAGCCUACACUGUCUCUUUACCCCAUCCGUGUUCAACCCAGACUCAAAGAACCUCCUCAAGGGCCACUGGAACAUCUUAAAGAACAACUCAAACCCCUAGAACAUAUGUGUCAAACUCACGGCCCGCGGGCCACAUCCGGCCCGGCGUACAAUUAUAUCCGGCCCGUGAAAUCAUUUUAUUAAUCUACUAUAAUGGCCCGGCUAUAUGAAACGCUGAUAACUCUCAAACUACAGAUCCCAUAAUGCAGCGCUUCAGCUGCCUUGCCGCCGCAAGACUUACUGGAAACGUUCCCGCGUCAACAGUUGACUUCGCGUUGGUUUCGCGGAUGCUAAUCCCUCACAAUGGCCAAGAGAAAAGUUGACUCUGAAAACAGAGCCUUUAAAAACCGAUGGGAGGCUGAGUAUAUGUUUACUGACAUUGCCGGUAAACCCGUGUGUCUUCUUUGUGGAGCUAAUGUGGCCGUAAUUAAGGAAUAUAAUGUAAAACGGCACUACGAGACAAAACAUCAGGAUAAGCUAAAAAACCUGAAUGCAGAGCAGAAGAUGCAGAAAGUCGAAGAGUUAAAGAAGAAUAUGAAGAUCCAGCAGAUGUUUUUCACCAGAGCAAAAUCACAAAGUGAAGCUGCUGUGAAAGCAAGUUUUAUAGUGGCAGAGGAGAUCGCCAAAUCAGGCCGACCAUUUUCCGAGGGAGAGUUUCUGAAGAGCUGCAUGAUGAAGGUGUGCGACGUCUUGUGUCCAGACAAAAAGCAGAUGUUCGCAAAUGUAAGCCUGAGUAGAAAUACGGUUGCUGAUCGGGUUUGUGAGAUUGCCACUGAUUUGAGAACACAGUUGAGUGAAAAAAGCAGAGACUUUGUUGCAUACUCUCUUGCUGUGGAUGAAAGCACAGACAUAACGGACACUGCACAGCUGGCGAUCUUCCUCCGUGGAGUGGACUCUAAUUUGCACGUUACAGAAGAAAUAUUGGACAUUAAAUCGAUGCAUGGAACAGCAACGGGAAAAGACAUUUUUGAAAACGUGUGUCAAAGUGUAACCGACAUGAAAUUGCCCUGGGACAAACUUGUUGGACUUACUACGGAUGGAGCACCGGCAAUGUGUGGUGAAAAAAGUGGACUAGUGGGAAGGAUGCGAGUAAAGAUGCAGGAGGAGAACUGUGUUGGUGAGUUAACCGCAUAUCACUGCAUUAUUCACCAAGAAUCGCUGUGUGGUAAAGUCCUAAAAAUGGAGCAUGUGAUGAACACUGUAACGCAGACCAUAAACUUUAUCCGAGCCAAGGGAUUAAAUCACCGGCAAUUUCAAUCUUUUCUGCGCGAAAUAGAUUCGGAUUUUGCCGACAUUCCUUAUCAUACAGAGGUACGUUGGCUGAGUCGGGGAAAAGUUCUCAACAGAGUUUUCGAGCUCAUUAAAGAAAUCUGUCAGUUCAUGGACAGUAAAGGAAAAGACUCCACAGUUUUGCGGGACGAAAAAUGGAAAUGUGAAUUGGCGUUUCUGGCUGACAUAACAGCUCAUCUCAACGUCUUAAACCUGCAGCUCCAGGGACGUGACCGCAUGAUCACUGACAUGUAUGAUGCGGUGAAGGCAUUUCAAGUGAAGCUGCUCUUGUGGGAGACACAAAUGCACCAGUGCAACUUGCCUCACUUUCCCCGUUGCCAAGUAAUGAUGAACCAAGUCGGCACAGCAGCGUUCUCAAAUGCGCACUUUGCUGACAAACUGAGCGCACUGCGCACUGAGUUCGCACGGCGCUUUGGUGACUUUGAAGCACAAAAAAAUAACUUCGAGCUGCUUCGCAACCCAUUUGCCGUCGAUGUGGAAACUGCACCUGUACAGAUGCAGAUGGAGCUGAUUGAACUGCAGUGUAAUGGGACACUAAAGGCAAAGUAUGACACUGCAGGGCCCGCACAGUUUUUUCGCUCCAUUCCUGAAGCAAUGCCCCAGCUCCGUCUACAUGCGGCUCGAACCUUGUGCAUGUUUGGUAGCACAUAUCUAUGUGAGAAGCUGUUCUCAGCGAUGAAGCUUAACAAAACAGCACACAGAAGUCGUCUCACUGAUGAACACCUGCAGUCCAUCCUGAGAAUCUCUGCAAUACAGGACCUCACACCAAACCUGGAUGAAAUUGUUGCCAAGAAAAGAUGCCUAGCAUCCAGCUCUGACAAAAUGGCAUAAGCUGAAAAAAAAAAAAAAAAAUGAAUGAAAACUUAAAAAAAAUGAACUGAAUGUUUUAAUUUGUUAUUUUAACUUUUGGUGAAAAGCACAAAUUUUAAUUAUAUUUGCAUUUUUUCAUUUUCAUGAAUGCAUUUUGAAUGUAUAUAGUUUUGACAGGAGCAAAGUAUUUUAAGUUAUUAAUGUUUAAGUUUGUUUAUUCUGGAAUAAUAUUCCUGUCUGAUUUUAAUUCAUAUUUGUGUUAAAAAAAAACGUCAAGUUUUAGUGUAUUCAAUAAAUGUUUAUCCUGUUCGGCCCGCAACCAAAGGUGUGGUUUGAGUUUUGGCCCUCUGUACAAUUGAGUUUGACACCCCUGCCCUAGAACAACUUCAGCGGCUUAUAGAGCCUUCUAAAAAAAAAACUCUAGAACAUUGUCAGUGCCUACUAAAACCUCCUAUCAGACACCUAAAAUCUCCUGAAUGCACAUCAGAACCUUAUGAAAGAAUACAAGGAUCUCUUUAAGGAUCCAUAGAACCUCUUUGUUGGCCAAUAGGACAUCUUAAAGAAAUAGAACAUCAUAAGUGGCUACUAAAACCUCCUACUGGACCUCUAGAACCCUUUCAAUGGCCUGAACCUCAUGAAGAACCACUAGAACAUCCUAAAUGACAAUAGUACUGCCUUCAUAGAUCACUAGAACAUUAUCAAAUGCUAUUAAAACCUCCUAAAGAACCCAGCUACCCUAGAACCUCACCAAUAACCACUACCUACCUAAAUAAUCUCUAGAACCUCUUAAAGAACCUUAGGACCUCCUCUGUGAGCACUACAACCUACUCAGUGACCACCAGAACCUCCGAAAUAACCUAUAGACAUCUCAUUGCCCACUGGAAUAUCUUAAAAACCCACGUAAACCUCAAAGACCCAUAGAACCUCUUCAAUGGCUAACAGAACCUCCUACUGCAACUCUAGAACCCUUUUCAACCUCAUGAAGAACCACUACAACAUCCUAAAUGACCCAAACCUCUUCAGUAACCAAUAAGAUCUACUAAAUGACCUCUGGAACCUCUUAAAGAACCUUUAGGAUCUGAGUGUGCUCAAAAAUGUUGUCCCAGGUUCUUGACAUAAUGUCUAAAUUUAUUCUCCCUACUAUCAUUAAUACAUCAUUUAAUUAUUACCUCACCAAAACAAACUACAGCCAUUAUCCCCAGCUUAUUCUCAGCCUGGUUGACAAAUGUCAAAGAAAACAUAGUAUGAGUGUGCAGAGUG